GGUUUCUGUGCUCUUAUAGAUCAUGGUAUGCGUUGCUCAUGAGGAGUACCUGUCAAACUUGUACGUAUCAUCAGUUCCAAGGUCACCUGAUCACCCUGUGCAGUUUUCUCUUUCUUUGGAGCGCAUUGUGUUUUUCAAGCCAUCGCCUGCAUGGGAAGACACAUGGCUGAGUGAAGUGGCAGAGAAGCAGUUUGCUGACCUGCAUCCAGUGAAGGGUAUUCGAGGGGUAUUCAUUGCCUCACAGCUUGCAGCUAACAUGACUACCAAUGCUGGCCGAAGAAUGCGAAACUUGGCACCAGAACACACAAUGUCUUUCAUCAGCUUUGACCAGGGAGCUCAGUGGAAGCCCCUCCAGCCUCCACAAAAAGAUGCCUCUGGGAAUAUUAUUGACUGUAAAAGGACCAAGAAUUGCUCUUUGCAUGUGGGGCAGUCAUUAAGCCAUCUGUAUCCUUCUUCUGAAAUGACUCCUAUCCUGAGCAAGGAGAGUGCACCUGGCAUGAUAUUGGCCACCGGCACUAUUGGAACAAGUCUGAAGGACCACCACACUUCUCUCUAUGUGUCUGUGGAUGCUGGAAUCAGCUGGUUCCAAGUGCUGAGAGGCAACUUUUUAUAUGCCAUUGGUGACCAUGGGGGAAUUAUUGUGGCUGCACAACACUACAGAGAGGCUGGAGAGAUCAACACUCUGUUCUACUCCACGGAUGAAGGAGAAAGUUGGCACACAUAUCAGUUUUUCAAUGAGAGCCUCCGCAUUUAUGGCUUGAUGACUGAACCAGGAGAAAACACCACCAUAUUUACCCUCUUUGGCUCAAGACCAGAAAAGCAUCAGUGGAUUUUUGUGAAGGUUGACCUGAGGCCAGUAUUUAAGUACAAGUGCUCACCUGACGACUACAAGCUCUGGUCUCCCUCAGAUGGACGUAGCGGUCGUCUCUGCCUUUUGGGCCGCAAGCAAGAAUAUGAGAGGCGCAUUUCUCACUCAAACUGCUACAGUGGAGUCAACUAUGAUCGGCCAGUGUCUGUAAAAAAUUGCCCCUGUGACAGGGAUGAUUUUGAAUGUGACUUUGGAUUUUUUGUGGACUCCCAAUCCCAGAAGUGUAUCAAGGACAAAGAUGACACUAUUGAUCCCUAUGCCAUUCCAAGCACCUGCAAACCUGGUGGCUUCUACAACCGUACUAAGGGAUAUCGUAUUAUUCCUGGAAACACCUGUGAGGGUGGACGAGACUACCAGUACAACCCCACCAUCACUGCCUGCCCAGUACAGGAAGAACAAGCAUUUCUGCUUGUGGCUGCCCGCCAAGCAAUACUAAGGUUUGAUCUAACGAACCCAGAUGCUGGAAUGCAAGCUUUGCCAAUCCCACAUCUAAAUUUGGUCAUAGCUCUUGACUUUGACCUGGCAAACAAUUGCAUCUUCUGGUCUGAUGUCAGCGACAAGAAGAUAUAUCGUUUAUGCUUUGAUGGGCAUCAUGAUGUGGAGACGCUUGUGGAGAAUAAUCUUCGCAGCGUAGAAGGUCUUGCCUUUGAUUGGGUCUCAAAAAAUCUGUACUUUGUUGAUGGAGACCUGAAGACCUUAGAAGUGAUACGCACUGACAUCUCAAACUUUGGAAGGAUGCGACGAACUCUUCUUAGCAGUGACACUCUAGAUAACCCGAGAGGCAUUGCCCUGCAUCCUUAUAAGGGAUUUUUGUACAUCACUGACUGGUCAGAAUCUAAACCCCAGGUGGCUCGUGCUUACUUGGAUGGAAAAAAUUUUACGACAUUGUUUGGUGCUGGUGUAGUGGGUUGGCCCAAUGGUAUCACCAUUGACUUCCAAGAGGAGAGGAUCUAUUUUGCUGAUGCCAAGCUGGACUACAUUGCCUCAGCGGAUUUAGACGGCCACAACUUGAGAAAAAUAAUUUCCAACAGUGAUAAGUUAUUGCAGCCAUUUGCUGUUGGGAUUUACAAAUCAACAGUAUAUUGGGAUGACUGGACAGUAGAGCAAGUAAUGCAAGCAGACAAGGUGUUUGGCUGGGGUAUAUCUCCCAUUGCAAACUUCACCAGAAGUGGACUGGUUGACCUGAAAGUGUAUGGCCACUGGUCACAGAAUGGCAACAACAGCUGUUCAAACCAAACCAAAGACUGCAACUUCCUCUGUAUGGGUCGUCCAAACAAUGAAUAUUCUUGCCUCUGCCCUGAUGGUUUGCAGAAAAAAUCAAGAAUAUCUAGAACCCGUGAAGAGUGUGGGUGUCCUGAUGGCUCUUCAAUUGAUGACAAUGGAACAUGUAAAUCACUCAACAAUACUUGUUCACCAGGAUUCUUUAAGUGCAACAAUGACAAAUGUAUCCCUGAUAAGUGGGUGUGUGACAAGGACAAUGACUGUGGGGAUGGCUCUGAUGAGAACUCACCAAAAUGUGGCACCUUGCCAUGUUAUCCUCCAUACUGGCAGUGCAAAAAUGGUCAGUGUAUUACUCCAAGCUACCGCUGUGACCACCAUGCUGACUGUAAUGACAGUUCAGAUGAGGAGGGUUGUGACUAUGAACCAUGCAGCAACACCACCUUCCAAUGUGACAAUGGCAAAUGUAUACACUCUCAGUGGAGGUGCGACCUGGAGGAUGACUGCCGUGAUGGUUCAGAUGAAAAGAACUGCACAGUGAAACCAGAGUCUGGAUGCAAAAGCACUGAGUUCAUGUGCAGCAACAAGCAGUGCAUCCCUGCAUCAUGGCAGUGUGAUGGGGACAAGGACUGCACUGACAACUCUGAUGAGAGCAAGUGUCAGUCAUUCACAUGUACUUCUUGGCAGUUUGCCUGUCUCUCCAGCAGAAAUAAAUGCAUUUUCAGGAAUUGGCAGUGUGAUGGAGAAAACGAUUGUGAUGAUGGGUCAGAUGAAUUCAACUGUACCACCACCACCACAACUCCCCCAAGCUCUACUGCAAAGGAGUGUGAUUAUGGGUCAGAUGAAAACUGUUCUACCACCACCACCACAAGCUCUCCUGAAAAGGAGUGUUCAGAGCUGAUGUUUAUGUGUGAUAAUGGCCACUGUGUUCCCUUCUGGUGGAGGUGUGAUGAACUGGAUGAUUGUGGUGAUGCAUCAGAUGAAGCUGGUUGUCCAACUCAUGGCUUCCAUGGCAACAUCACAACACAAAGACCUGAAACCUCAACAAUUGCCUUCACUUGCCUUAAGGAUCAGUUUCAGUGCAGUACAGGAACCUGUAUAUGGGAGACCUGGGUAUGUGACAAUGACUAUGACUGUCCUGGGAAAGAAGAUGAAGAGAACUGCCCUAAGAAGACUUGUGCUGCCCUCAGUGAAUACCAGUGCCGGCACAGCAGUGGAUGCAUCCCCAGCACUCUUUUAUGCAAUGGCCAUAAUGAUUGUGCAGAUGGAUCUGAUGAGGAAGGCUGCAGCUCUGGUGCAGCAACUCCCAACAAUUCUUGUCCAUCUGGCUACAUGAUGUGUGAUGGCGGUGCUUGCCAGCCUCUCUUCAAGAUAUGUGACGGCACUCAUGAUUGUAUGGAUUUAUCUGAUGAGCAGAAUUGUACUACUGAGGAAAAGGCAUAUGCAGUGACGGACUACUUGGUGAAUAUCACCGACGUCUCACUAGUUGUGGAAUGGAUUGUUAAUGGCCAGACACCAGCACCCGACAACCUGGAGUACUUGUUAUCUUACACCAGACAGACAACUCCAGGGAAUUCUGUAGUGUGGAAGAAUGUCACCUGGACAACAAACACAGUAAGUUACUUCUAUGUACUCAUAUUUAGUAUCUCCCAGGGGUGUGGAGUCAGAGGAGGAGCCAUCUGACUUAAACUCUGACUCAAGAAAUAUUUGCACCUCCAAAUCUGACUACAUAUUUUUUUCCUGUUUGUUACCUGAAAUAUUGUGUAGAAGAUUUCUGGUUCUUUGUUGCAAGUGUCCACAUAAGACGCACAUACACACACACACACACACACACACACACACACACACACACACACACACACACACACGUGACAGAAGUGUGACAAGAGGCAAGGGUAAGAAAUUGAAGAAGAGCGACUGUAGGAGAGACAUCAAGAAAUACAGUUUUCCACACAGAAGCAUAACAACAUGGAACGGACUUGACGAGGAGACUGUGUGUGCAAAAAUGAUUCAUGAAUCUCAAGCCAAACUGGAUAAUAAGCGUUAUGGAGACCGGACAGCACGAACCUAGUACGGCUCUUUUCCUGCAUUUCACAACUAGGUAAAUACAACUACUAUACAUUUCAGCGGCGGACAAACGCUGUUUUUCGCAAAUAUCUCCUAAACGAUUCGUUGGAUCAGUAUGAUAUUUCAGUACACUACCUUUAACACCCGGACCUAAUUUAUGGCUGAUAUACCAUAUUGCAAUGUGUGUUAUGUGAGGAGUUUACUGACUGAUAUUAAGCCUAAUCCAGUCAUCAUAUCUAAGGUGUUAUACAGAAUCGGACGAGUGUGGGGUACUCGUCUAACCCCUCCACCAACGCCCCGAACAACCCCCAGACCACUCCUUCCCUACCCCAAUAU